UGCGCGUGGGGAAAGAGCGUGCCGGAGGAGUUCGCUCGCGCCGCGGCUCAGGAACAAGGAACUUCGACACACAACUCCUCAACAACACCAACGACCCUCAAAUUAGGCAUAUUUCACCCACUUUAGUCCACGGAACACCUGGAAUAUCGCUUCAGCUGAAUCCAUAUCAACUCACCUCACCUUACCAUGCUCCUCUCCUCCUGCUGUUGAACUUUGACCUUUGACAGUGAUGACGGACCACCCAGUGGCUCCCGGUCAGACGUACGUAGAGGUGGAGUAUGACUAUGAAUACAAAUCCAAAGACCGCUUGAUCACCAUUAAACAGGGGGAACGUUACCUGAUGGUAAAGAAGACCAAUGAUGACUGGUGGCAGGUGCGCAAGGAUGAGGGCAGUAAGCCCUUUUAUGUCCCCGCACAGUAUGUCCGAGAGGUGCGACGGGCCCUCAUGCCUCCUCCCAAACCCCUCCCGCACACAGGGGCAGUCGCCCGAGGGGGAACUGGAACUAUUCGGCCUUCUGCUCUGGAUAUCCAGCGUUCAGAUGAGAAGAAGAUCUUGUCUCUAUCCCCCUCCACUGGGCAAAGCAUUGCGUUACUGCCACCCAGAGAUGACAGGGGCAGCCCGGGCAGCCCCAUGGGGCAUGUACCCCACACACAAAUAAACACACCCCACGGCUCACUUCCUCAAUUGAGAGCGGAGUCCCCAAAUCGCACAGGUGAUGUAGAGAUGGAUAAAGAUAUAGAGUCGGAGAAGUGGGAACGAGGACCGGAAAAAGGUGCAAUUCAGGAAGAGUUGGCCAGAGAGGGAGGAGUUUUGGACAAGAAGCGGAAUGACUCGGAGUCUGGGGAAGAGCUCAGCAGUUCCACUGAUAACUUGCAGUCUGUGUCAGCAGGACAGGGUAUGCCUGAAUCUUCUGUCUACACAAAUCUGCAGGAGCUGAAGAUCUCUCAUUCCUUUGCCCCACCUUUGCCGUCCUCCUCUCCACUCCACACCAGUGGCAACUGGGAGACUCACAAAGACCAGAACAGCAGACACUUCUACUACAACCGCAGCACGCAGGAAAGGACCUGGAACCCCCCCCGGACACGUGACAGCCUCAGCAGGAAAGAGGAGAAACAAGAGAUGACUGAUACUGAGUCUAACCACUCCCCUCUGCUGCCUGGAGGCGAAGACUCGCACAAAACUUGCAGUCUUGACCGGAGACUGCCAGAUCCCAUUCCGAUCAGCAGAACAAGACACAGCACAUAUUCACCAGAGUCCAAUGACAAGUCAAAAAAGAAGUCCACCAAGGACCGGCGAAUCUUCCCCCCACGCCGCAAAGGCACCGCCCGCUCUCAUCCCUAUAGGCCUCAAGACUCCACUAAAACAGGCUCAGCCGACUCUGACUCUUCCUGCCCUUCCUCUCCCAAACCCCCCCACUCUAUGUUUCUAUCUUCUACCUUUCAGCCAUCAGAGAAAUGUGGCAAUUUAAACAUGACUAAAAUCACAGAACAUGGAAAGAAAGUCAGGAAGAACUGGACUUCCUUUUGGACAGUUUUGCAGGGUUCUUCACUACUAUUUAAUAAGAGUCAGGGAAGCGGGACUGGUUGGUUUGGAAGAGAUCAGAAGCUGGAGUUCAGUGUGGAUUUGAAAGGAGGGUCAGUGGAGUGGGCGUCUAAAGACAAAUCUAGCAAGAAACAUGUUCUGGAGCUGAAAACCCGGCAGGCCAUGGAGCUCCUCUUGCAGUCAGAUAGUGAUGGUGUCAUCAAUGAGUGGCACAAAGCUUUAAGUGAAGCCAUAAACACCCACGCAUGGGAGUCUGAUGAGGCCAUUGAGGAGGACAUGUCAGAAUCACCUGAUACUGAGAAACAUGACAAAGAAAAAGAGCACAGAGACUCCAAGAAAGGCAGAGCUAUGAAGAACUCAGUCAGCAUGGACAAUUCAGACCAGAAGACCAAGACCAAACUGAAGAAGUUCCUCACACGCAGACCAACUUUACAGGCCGUCAAGGACAAGGGGUACAUUAAAGAUGUUGUGUUUGGUUCCAGUUUGAGCAGUCUUUGUCAGAGAGAGAAUUCAACUGUUCCUCACUUUGUCUGGAUGUGCAUUGAACAUGUGGAAAAAAAUGGGUUAAGAGUGGACGGUUUGUAUAGAGUCAGUGGAAAUUUGGCCAUUAUACAAAAACUGAGAUUUGCAGUCAAUCAUGAUGAGAAAGUGGACUUGGGGGACAGCAAAUGGGACGACAUUCAUGUAACUACUGGAGCGCUAAAGAUGUUUUUCCGUGAACUACCAGAACCUCUGUUCACCUACGCUUUCUUUAACAAUUUCAUCAGUGCUAUUAAAAUGCCAGAUUACAAGCAGAAAGUUCAAGCUGUCAUGGAUAUAAUGAAGCAGCUGCCACUGCCCAACCAUGACACCAUACAGGUGCUCUUCAAACACCUGAAGAAAGUGAUACAGCACGUAAACGAGAACAGGAUGACCACUCAGAGUGUUGCAAUCGUGUUCGGCCCAACACUCCUGCGCCCGGAGACAGAGACAGCGAAUAUGGCAGUGCACAUGGUCUACCAGAACCAGAUCGUUGAGCUGGUUCUUAUGGAAUAUGAGAUCAUAUUUGGCAGGUAGGUCACACCCACAGCAAGCCUCUGACUAAACUCAACAGGCCAAUCACUGCUGAAGAAGCCAAGCAAACAUGGACUGCCAGUCUGAACACUGUUUUGGUACGUUUACAUGAGAGGACCACCCAUAUUAGAAAAAGCUCCACCCACCCUGGCUUCAACAUUGGAAAAAAAAAGAAAAACAAACAAAAAAUGAAAUCUUUUACCAUAUCUUUAUUGGACUUUAUUAUGCAGUUGGGCAUAAUUAUUUGACUGCUUUCUGCUUUCUUGACUGGAUAAUAUAUUUUUUAUAUACAAACAUUUGUCACCCAUUGGACUACGUUAUUUUUGGACCAAUUUGUUUGUUUUUUUGGACAAAUCAUAUUCCCAUUUGGACCAACAAGGGCUUUUUUUUUUUUUUUUUUUUGUCCUGAAUGCAGCAUGUUUCCGUUCACUUCUAGUACUACUUUUUGUGGUAAAUCGGAGUUGGAACGAGAUGUCAACUGACUAAAUACCACAAUCAACAUGGAAUUUAUUCUAGACUUAAAACUCAAAUAAAAAUCUCUGUGGCGAUGGAUUACAUACUGUUGAACGCUGGCACUGACUACAGAGAUGACCACUGCAGAGAAACACACUGGAGUUACUACAUAAGACUAUCAAGAACAUGAACACUUGGUCACAUACACUAAAGCCAUUAUUUGCUUUGAGUCUCAUUUUCAGAGUCUCAGUAUUGAUUUCCUGUUAAUAGUAAAAUAUAAAAGUAAGUUUUUCUGGACCCAAUUCAUACUAGGUGUCUUUAACUACUAUGUACUUAAAGUAUUUGAUACAAUGUACUUAUUAUGUACAUACGUGUUACUGCAUUUAAUUACAUUGGUUGUUACACUGUUAACCUUACAUCUAAACAUAAACCUAACCCUACACUAACACUAAACCCUAAACCUGAUCCUAUUCAUAAACCUACCUGUACCUCAACCUCAGUGGCAGCAAAUGUGCCUCUUGUGAGAGUUUUGCUGAACAUCAUGUAGUUAAACUAUAAAUGAAUUGUAUUCUAUGUAUUUUAAUGUUAGUACAUAGUAGUUAAAGACACCUAAUAUAAAGUGGGACCGUUUUUCUGGAUGUACAGCUGACAACUCUUUCAGUAAGUGUAUGUCAGGCAAAUUUCAGACUGUGUCCACUCUGGUUCUGUAGAAAGACACUGGAAUGAAAUGUGUGCAGGACACAUUUAAACCUGUGAGGACAUUAGACUUGCUAUUGUUCCACACCAGACCUAGUCAUGCAUUGAAAACUGUCUCAGACUACUGAAUAUUUAAAUAGACCAUGAUCAGGAUAGCCACCAUAUUUAUUUUUUGUGAUCAAAAACAAGGCUGUGUGGAAUAGAUGCCCAGAUGUUCAAUGGGUUGAACUGUUAUAGACCCUUGUCUUGAUAGUUCAGCUAUCAAAUAAUUAAUAUAUGUCCUUUAUUAUAUCAAAAUAUGUUAUGACAAAAAUAAUUAAAAAUUAGAUUGAUUAGACGUGGCUUUUUUCCGUUCGAUUUUAAUCGUUCAAUCCAUUGAACAGACUGUAUGUCUAUCCCUCACAGCUGCGUUUUCAAACACGAAAGAUAAUAUGUGGCAUCUACCCAGUCUAUACAGUGUAUUGUAGAGUAAAUAUCACUCGUAAAGAUCCUGUGUUUGUUUGAAAGAAGUAAUGGAAGAGAUUGUUGGAGAGUUUGUACUUGAAUACUAGAUCGCUCUUUGUAAAGAUGAGAGUUUGAUGACAAUGAGUGUGUGGAUGGGAUGAGUGAAAAGAGAACAUGGGGGUAAAAUCAGCACAAUUGUAUUAUUAUAGAGACUGGAUUAUUAAAAAUGUUUAAAUAAGAAUUCUGAGUUAACCCAGGCAUGGUUGUUUGGUAAAAGUUGUUGAAUGUAAUUCUUUAAACAUUCUGCUGUAUGUUGCAAAGUUUUGUCUUGAUCAGAAUAAAGUUGACAAGGCAAACCUGCCACCAAUUGAGUGUGCGUUUGUCCACCAGGGGGCAGCGAAUAACAGGGAAUGGCACCACUUUGGUUUUGUAUUUGACGAAGACAUAUGUGACAACUUCUUUUAUAAAACUGAUAGUUUUGACUUAAAAUUCUGAUUGGACGAGCUACAUUGAAAGCUGUUGUAAAAUGAAUGUAAACCCACACCUUUGAUUACAAAUUCUAUAUUAUCGCGCCAAGUUGCUAUGUUGCCUUAUUUGCUUGUUUCUACAAACUGAGGGAAGAGUCAAAAUUAUUGACACAGAUCGAUGUAGAGCAACUGUGUAUUUUGUGAAGAUUUAGAAAUAACAUUAACAGCUAAAUAUUGAUCAUGUGUUCAUUAAAUCUGUUAAAGACUGAAGUCAUUUAAGAAACAACCUGGUGCUUCACUUCAUUUUAUUUUAUGGGGAAUCAUAAAAAGAAACAAAGGAAGAAAAAUCCUACAAAUUAUGGAUUUAUCAUCAACUUGUAGAAAAUGUGACAUUUACACACAAUGCAAAUGUAGAUAAAAUGGGUUGACUCAUUUUGGUUUCAGAAUGGUAAUUUCAACAUCAGUACAACAACAACAAUUCAUGCUCUUCAUCACAGGUUUAAGGGUCAGUUAAUUACUGUGAAGCUGUUGAAAAAGUUCAGGGUUUAACUUAACUGGCAAUGGUUGCCAAUGGGAUCGCAUGAUGUCCUUUAGACUCACUCUGUGGUAGUUUAAAAUAACUUGAAAUUGUUAAAAUAAUACUCUCAAGUUCAGCUUUAUAUACGGUAUAUCAGGGUUUAAACUCCUUUGUGGCACUGAGAUUAACUCUAAAAUAUAUAAUUGUGUUAAACUACAGAAUUGUGUAUUACACAUGUAAUAAAUAAAGCAAUACAAAAAUAAGACGUAUAAAAAGGUUUUAAAAACAAAAAACAUUUGUCAAUGACAAUAAUACUGAUGGUAAAACUAGACGCAAUAUACACAUGCAUACACAAAAAAGAAUAAACAAUUAGAAAUACAUUGAAAUGAAUAAUACUGUUGACACAAUCACAUAAAACAUUUUAAUUCUAUAUGCCUCGACCAAGUGCUGCUUUCAUCAUGCACUCCUCUAACCAAAGAAAGAGAGAUAUUUGCUUUCCUAUUCUUUCUAGUGUGUCUCUCUUUUGCAAUCAUUUUACAUACUGUGCAUAUUUGCCUGCUGUAUACAAUCCUGAACCCAAUUAUAGUUGGUUGAAAUAAUUCUUUAGCUUACUAGUUGAUUUGCAGUUGAUUACUUUAAGCUAUUCUUUUUAUUAUAUGGUUUCAAAUACAAGAAUAAUACGAAGUUGUCUAAAGCAGAAAAUGUUUGGAAUUCUGAAUGAAAAUUUAUUGGCAAUACUUGGCUUGAUUUAAAAAAAAAAAAAAAAAAAAAAAAAAAAAGAUCUAAUGUA